AUGUGGCAACGUCGUGCACCGAAAGAGGGCCGGUUGAGGUCGGAGGUCAGAUUCUCUCUGCCUGUCCUGUCCACCAACAAAACCCUGCUGAGCAGCAGACCACGGCUUCAAAGCAACAAGUUGCCGAACCUCGGCGAGGAAAUCCUCUGUACUCUGAGUGAAGAUGUUUCUCAGGUCCCCUCUGCCACUCGAUGCACAAUGAUGCAUCUGGGCUCUCGUCAUACGGAGGUCAGCCAGUGGCAGGCCCAGAUAUCUGAGAGCAUCGGGCAAGUGGAUCUUGAAAUCUCUGCUGUGGAGCAGGUGAAAGACGCCGCUGAGCGCUGCCUCCGGAAGAAGCAGCUGUACAGUCUGCUCAUUAGCAGCUGUGUGGCCAUCGGCUCCAGUUUGAGCUCAGCGGUCCAGAGACGGGACUGCGUCCUCACUGAGCUGGAGAAGGAAGAGCAGCUGACCAAUGAGAUCAGAGAACUGCUCCUCAAGCAGAUCUGCAUCCUGCUCCACAAACUAAGCUCUCUGAAGGAGAUUCACACUCAGCUGCUGGCAGAUUUUCAGGACAAGAGUGAAGCCGUCAAGCUCACCACUAAAUGCAUCAUGCGUCCUCUCAACACCUCAAGCUCCCAACUCCCUGCCGGUCAAUACAAGCUCAACUAUGUGAGCUAUGACCAGUGGCUGUCCCACUGCGAGGACCUGAGGCUCUCGGCCGAUAACCUGAUUAAGGACUCAUCUUCCUUCAGGCGAAACCUGCGUCUGACCCUGGUCAAUUUUAAAAAUGCCCUGGAACGCCAGCGCCGCAGCUCAGAUGAUGCCCUGAGAAAAAAGAUCUACGAGCUGAGCAGGGUCCAGGAUACACUGAUCUGGGAGAGGCAGCGGUUAAGGGAUGAAAUGUCUGAUCGGACAAAGGACGUACAGAAAGUGGUGGGUCGGAUCAGGAAGUGUGAUUCCCAGCUGCACCAGGCCACCCAACGCCUGGACCUCCUCCACCAGAGACCCAGACGUGAGCUCUGCCUGGACCUGCCCCUCUUCAGCCUCACACUGGAGAAACGUGACCUGGCAAACAUGGCGGCUGGACUUCGCUCAAUACUGAAGCGCUCUCAGCAGGACCUGGAGCUCACACACAGGCGCCUGAUGAUUCUGGGGGACCAAAUUGCCAAAAAUGCUCGUACCCUGGAGGAGGAGCAGAAGUGCCAGAACCUGCAUCAGAGUUUCCUCCCUGUGCUCGACACAUCUGUGGUCUUUGCCGCUCCAGCACUUACUCCUACUUGCAGGAGAGCUUGA